UUGCAACCACAUCAAACAAUGUUGCCGCGGGAGAGCUUGGCCGUCGGUGGCGCGUCCGUGCGACCGUCUCGUCCUCGCGCCGCGGAGGUCUCCUUCGACCUCGAUGCGCCGUCCAACUCGUCGCUGGUGUUCGAACCCGCGGACACCAUGACGUUCACGCUCCUGCAUGCGACGCCUUCCAAGACAUUCCAGUUGCUCUCGGUUGUGAAUAUACACCCCACCCACACCACGCUCUUCAGCGUCAAGACCCUCAAGCCCGAACGAUACUUCAUCAAACCCAGCAAGGUCAUGCUUGGACCUCGGGAACACAUUGUCGUCCGGAUCGAGCUCCGCCAAGCGCUGUACGACGAAGUGCUCGUGCAUUUCUCCCAGGACCGCAAGGUCGUGGCCGAUCGGCUUCUCAUCCAGAGCGCGUUCAACACAAACCCCGUGCACGACAGCACGUUCCAAGCGGCGUAUGUGUUCAAGAACGAACCAAAAAGCAAAGCCAAGGACGCAGCAUGGGCCGCCGCAUGGAAGACCUUUCCAUCGACCCACAUCCACGCCAAGAACCUCGUCAUGCAAUUCGAAGCGUCGCCCGAUUUCGGCAAGGUUCCGUUCCGUCCAACCAUCGACUCCACAAGUACACCCUUCGCCCUGGGGGGGACAUCCAUAAAUCGACGAACAGAAGCCGCGGUGUCGGACCUUCCACCGCUCUUCACCACUCACGAAUCCAUGUACUCGAUCGAAGAAGCCGGGUACGAUUUCCCCAUCCCCAUGCAGCAAACCCCCCGCCACCCCCGUCGCUCCCAUCUAACGCCAGCCUCCAAGCCCGUCGUCCUCUACGACCCAACCCGCAGAUCUUCCGUCGUCGGGUUUCAGCGCGAAAAGGCCGAUCUGUCGCUCGCGCUCACACCGUCCUCAGAAUCCCUUGUCUUUGCCGUGUCCCCGCACAAAUCCACAUCCCACUCGAUCAUGACCAUCGAGAAUCUCGCGCCGACGCAGCGCGUGUGCUUUGCUGUGCGCAUCGAAAGCAAGUUCCGGUGCAAGGCCCUGCCGUACCGCGUCGGGUACAUCGACGGCGCUGGCACUGCCUCCGUGCAGCUCGAACUGGCCUUGUCGCUGCACCAGGAUAUCCUUCAUCUCUUGGGCCGAGCCGAGGAGAUUGACCCGUUCAAAGUGCGCGUGCAGGUCAUGGAAAUGGAUGCAGCUGCCGCGGCCGCCACCGCCGCCCUCCCCACAGAUGACGCGCGCGCGCAGUUCCUCAAGGCGCUAUGGCAAAGCCCCCCCAAUCGAAUGUUUGUACAAAAGUACACGGCCGUGUUCGUGUUGGACGUCAUGACGCCGCCGCCGCCGGUUACCGAGAUGCCGGAUAGCAAAGAACAACAUGCCAAACAAGAAGAAGGAGAAGAAGACGGCGAGGACCGGCUGUCGGUCGUGUCCGAGUGCGCGUCGUAUGCGACAGCGUUCACGAGAGCCCCCCCCAUGCGCCCCAUCAUGACCCCCCUCGAGCAUCUGCAGUACCAGCGCACGUUGAAUCGCCAUUUACUCAGUCAAAACGAUGGAGAUACAGUGCCGCCGAUGCGCCCGACCAUAUUGGAGCUCACGGAAGCAGACGAACAGUACGCUCAAAGCAAGUGGCAACAACACCGACAACAAGAGGAGGACGAGCCAGAGGCAGAACUCACGCCUGGGCUCGACAAGAAACGCAGCCUUCCCACGCUGGCGGAACCCCAAGACCCGCCAGUCAUUCCCCCCAUCGAAUCUGUUGUCCACGACCCUGCAGAGGUUGUUCCACCCACGAUUGAACACAACACAACCACAUCCCACAUCCCAUCCAACGCUGUCGCAGCGUUAACGUCCCCCGACAAGGAGGAAGAGAAGAAGGAAGUUGCUAAUGUGGUGGUUAUGCCAGAAGAGAAGGUGGCUGACUCGCCGGUUGCGUAUGACGAGCCCACGGGAACGUUUUACAUCGUCCCAGCGCCGCCAUCGACCUCUCCAUUGGCUGCUUCGUCGCUUACUUCCGAGCCGGCGGCGGUGGCUGUAGUGACCUCUCCCGUGGCUGCUUCGCCGCCUACUUCCCAGCCGGUGGCGGUGGCUGUAGUGACCUCUCCAAUGGCUGCUUCGUCGCCUACUUCCAAGCCAGAGGCGGCUGUAGUGACCUCUCCCGUGGCUACUUCGCCGUCUACUUCCAAGCCAGAGGCGGCUGUAGUGACCUCUCCUGUGGCUACUUCGCCGCCUGCUUCCGAGCCAGAGGCGGUGGCUGUAGUGACCUCUCCCGUGGCUGCUUCGUCGCCUACUUCCCAGCCGGCGGCGGUGGCUGUAGUGACCUCUCCAAUGGCUGCUUCGUCGCCUACUUCCAAGCCAGCAGCGGCUGUAGUGACCUCUCCAAUGGCUACUUCGCCGUCUACUUCCAAGCCAGAGGCGGCUGUAGUGACCUCUCCUGUGGCUACUUCGCCACCUGCUUCCGAGCCAGAGGCGGUGGCUGUAGUGACCUCUCCCGUGGCUGCUUCGCCGCCUACUUCCCAGCCGGCGGCGGUGGCUGUAGUGACCUCUCCAAUGGCUGCUUCGUCGCCUACUUCCAAGCCAGCGGCGGCUGUAGUGACCUCUCCAGUGGCUGCUUCGUUGCCUACUUCCAAGCCAACGGCGGCUGUAGUGACCUCUCCCGUCGCUGCUUCGCCGCCUACUUCCGAGCCAGCGGCGGUGGCUGUAGUGACCACUUCCGUCGCUGCUUCGCCGCCUACUUCCAAGCCAGAGGCGGCUGUAGUGACCUCUCCAGUGGCUGCUUCGCCGCCUACUUUCGAGCCAGAGGCGGCUGUAGUGACCUCUCCCGUGCAGCAAAUAAUCGUGACUCGUUCGGCGCCAACUGCGUCGUCGACACCGCCGCCAGUGGCUACCAUCGUACCUCGAACCACCGCUCGCUCGUCCAUCGCGUCUUCGUACUUGGCUGCCGUUUCUUCCUCCAUCUCGUCGUCGUCGUCGUUGUCGUCUACACGCAUGUCUUCGGAACCCCCAACCACUACGACGAACCCUCCUAGUGUCCAUGUUGUGCCAGCGACGUCAGUUGUAGGGCCAGGCGCCGAUGUGACCUCUCCGUCGGACCAGGUUGGUGGUGUAUCGACUGCCCCGUCGUCGGUUAGUGACGUGGCAGUCGCUGGGGAUGCCACGUUGUUAUCCUCCCGAUCACUCGAGCAGCUGUCUUCUCGGUCGCUGGUGUUAUCCGAGGGGUCGCAAGACGACUCGACGUUUCACACACUUCGGCCGUCUGUGUCGAUGGACCCCGAUACGCUGCUCGUGGAAGCCGCCAUGGCAUCGUUGGAUCCGAUCAUUGAAAGCCAUGAAGGACACAGUUUUGUGGAGCAGCCCCAUGUUUCUCCAGUCUGUCGGCAAUCAUCUAUCAGCAACGCCCAUAGCAACUAUGGAAGCAGUGGCGACUACGAUGGGAGCUAUGACGAAGUACACGAAGCCCCGCAAUAUGAACAACUCGAGGCCGAACACGCCGAUACCAGCAGCCUCGACGACGACAGCAGCGAAGCACACGACGACUUUCACGGACACAAGGAUAUGUGUCAUCCCCAAGUUCACGACCAAAAGUGGACGCCCCGACCGUCCACGAUCGACGACAUCCCGUCAGGGUUUUCCAUUCUCACAUUUCCAAGCGAACCACCACCCGUCAUCACGACGCCGCCGGGCAAGGCCGCCCCCAUGGACUGCUGGGAGUACGAUACAGAACAGCAGCAGCAGGCGGUCGUGGAACCCUCCAGCCCCCCCGACUCGCUUCACGAUCGCGUUAGCAUCAACAACCUCACGCUUCCAGCUCCACUGGUCCAUGGCGUCAUGACGAGAUCGCCGGAACCGUCGCCGCCGCCGCCUACUAGCUCGACCACGCCCAAAUCCAAGUCUCGAUUCUCGCUCUUGAAAGCAUUUGAGCGCAACCACGGCCCAAGCAAACCUGUGGGACUAGUGACACUGACCCCCCAAACCAUACUGUAUCACAUGGAUGUCGGGUCCGCCCCGUCGGGCAGUGUCACGUUGACCAACCUCACGUCCUCUGUGGUCGUGUACAAGGUCAAGAGCGCGCAUCCAUUGCGAUACAAAGUCAAGCCGACCCAGGGGUUCCUUGAACCAAAAGGUCAUUGUGUGGUCACGAUCGAUUUGCAUCCCACUGCGUACAACGACCUGCUGUGUCUGUCCAAUAUGGAACUCGGCGACAUCCGGGACUGCCUCCUCGUCGAGGCAGCCACGAGCCCGACGUCCCGGACGUCCAAGGCGCUGCGGAAUGCCAAAACGCAUGGCGAGUUGCUGGGACUUAUGCGAACGCUAUGGGAUGAAGUGAACAAGAAGGAUGUGAAUGUAUCGCGACUGUUUUGCGAGUACGCGUUCGACGACAGCGCGUACCAGAGCUUCGUGGCCACGCUGGAUGGACCUGUCGUGGUGGAUGGACCCGUGUCGCCGGCCGUGGACGAGCCGCGGACGCCGCCAGCGAUUAUUAAGAAGGGCAACGGAUUUGGCUGGCCACGGAGCAAAACGCCAACCAACAAGGUGCUCCGGAAUGCACUGUAAUUAGUAUAUGACCACCACACAAAAUCACGAUAUAUAUAUACAUAGUAGUACGCGUAUAUAUAGAUAUAUAUCAUAUAUAUAGGAUGAAUGGAAAAAGUAGUAGUAGUA